AUUCCCAAGAUGCUCCGCGGCUCUUGCGGAGUAAUGCAACAACUUUGGCUGUCGAGCAAGUGCUUGCUUUAGCUCAUUUUUUACAGCUUUCUGGAGAAUGAUUUCUAAGUGACAGCCUUAGUGUUGUCUUCAAAAUGCUGAACUGGAACGUACUUUCCCUUUGCCUUAAGAGUUGAAGUCGUUACCGAGAAUCCUUAGAAGCGUUUCAGUCACUCGCAAAAUAUCAAAACAAGAGUGUCAUGUGGGAGUGAUCUGGUGUUGAUGAGCAGUCAUGCUUGCUACCCAAACAACAGAAACGGGCCCCGACACCAAAGACGUGAAACAGUGGAUCAAGGAGAAGAUCGCCCAGACCAUCAAAGCCCUGCAGAAGCGCUACGUGGCGACGGACACCGCCGUGACCAGUGAGGAUGCCGAGGCCAACCUGCUGUGCUGCGCGCUCGAGGCCGCCUUCAUCCACGGCAUCAAGGGCAAGCACGUCAGGUCUGAGGUCGGAGGUCGCGGGAGGAAAGGGGGCGGAGACAGGGGGGGCACCCUCCCCCAGCCGGACUUCUGGGGGCUGCUCAAGUCUGUCACUCACAGAGAUGUGAUUCUGGAGCUGGAGGGGCUGAACUUCAUCAGUUCUGGCGUGGGCCGGUGCCGGGCCUGGGUCCGUCUGGCACUCAACGACAGCUUGCUGGAGUGCUACCUGGCCUCCCUGCUGAGGGAGAACUCCAAGCUCGCCGGGUAUUACCAGCAGGGGGCGCUUCUGCUGGACACUGAGGACCGUGAGGUGCUGCUGAGCCUCCUCCAGGGCCUGGCUUCGCUCUCCUUCCAGCUCUCCUACAAGUCGGCCGUGCUCAACGAGUGGACCGUGACUCCGCUGGCGCUCGCCGGACUCUGUCCUCCGCCUGCCGCCGACCAGGCGUUCCACGCCAACGCCAGCAGCAACGGCAAACACAAAGAAUCCUGGGACACGGUCUCGCAGUCGUCGGGGGGCUCCGACGUGGCGGCGGGUCGUGGAGGCGGUGUCACGGAAGGGGUGGCUGAGAUGAGGGCGUCAAACCUGAGUCUGGACACCACGGGCUCGUCGCAGCUGUCGUCCAGCUUGAGCUCGGACAGCCUCCUGCAGGGGACGGAGUUCCGCUGCCCGGAGAGGGACUCGUGGGAGAUUGGACACGCUGACGCCAAGAAGCCUUACAGAGAAGAGAGCACGACGUCCAGUCAGGACUCCAUGAGAGAGGACUCCUACAUCUCCGGCCUCACCGGUGACCAUCUCUCUGAGAGCACAGCCUUCAGCAGCCUAGACAACGACACGCACACGCCCACUACCGACACGCACACGCCCGCUACCGACACACACCUCCCAUCACCUCCACGCACCUACACACCGGAUCCUGACUCCCACCUCACACACACUCUCAACACAAAUCUGACGUCGGUCACAUGCGCUUCAAAUAAGGAUGUACAUUUUACAAACACACCAGUCAGAGACACACACCAGUUCCCCUUCGAUAGCAAAGACGCUCCACUCACCUCGACCCCAGCAAGUGACCCAUGCAUCAAAGACACACACCUUGGGCAGUCUUCAGCAGCCGAUGCACAACUCACGGAAUAUGCGCACGGCACCGACGCAGGCAUCACACACACGCAAACCGGCUGCACAUACCUGCAGGUGGCGCAAAGCACUUUAAUGGACACGGAGGUGGAGGUUCUAAGACCGAACAAGCGCAACAGGAGCCCAAUGCGACGGAACCGUUCCCCCGGCGGCCCGACGACAACUCCCACCCCAGCGAAAUCUACCGUUACCACAGCAACGACCUCUGACCCCGAAACAGACACCAAGAAGCCCGAUCAGCCGACCCACCCAUCCCCAAGCCCUGCAGAGCCAGCGGUGUUUCCACGGCGAUCAGAGAGCACCAUAAGCAGGCGUAGAUCAACAGACGUGGGCCCCACUUCCUGGAUCUCGGAGGAUGACUUCUACAAACCUGAGACGGAUGAAUCCGGUAGUCUGACGGAUCAGCCUACGUUUGGAGCGGCGCUGAUGAAUGGGUCGUUGUCUCCGCCACCAGAACCGGAAGUCCCCCAGGUCGCCCCCAGCGUGGUCCACCGCAGACAGAUAGGUCUGUCCAACCCAUUCCGUGGCCUGCUGAAGCUGGGUCCUCUGGAGAAGCGCAGCGCAGUGGGCAUGUGGUGGGAGCACCACUGCGAGCUCUCGCCCUUCGAGCUGCGCCUCUACCUGGACCCCGAGGACCGGGCGGCCUGCGACAACUCCUCCCUGCUGCGCUGCGAGGAGGCGCGUCUCCGCGGCGACGGCGAGGGCGGCCGCUUCCUGCUGGCCUUCGCCGGCGGCAAGCGGCUGCACCUGCGCGCGGGGACGCGCGGCGAGGCCGAGGACUGGGUGGAGCGUGUCCAGGAGGCCGUGGCCAAGAUCCGCCCGGCAACCGGCCUUCGCCACGGCGACAGUCCUGGUAACAGAAGCCCCGACGACGCGUGGGAGGUCCUCCGCGUGUCGGGGAAGCACUCCGACGGUGAAACGCCCACCACCACCACCACGCCGUCGCCGGUCUCCUCGUCCACGCCAGCCUCCACCCCGGCGAGCCCAGAACACGCCCGCGCAGCCCUGACUCCGCCCCCUCCUCCUCCUCCUCAACCCCUCGCUCUGGACUGGACGCGACCCGCCGACCCGGAACCGGACGCCAUCAAAGAGGCGGUGGUGUACCAGCUGGCGGCCGCGUCCCCUCAGGGCUCCUCGCUCUCCCACUUCCCCCCGACGGAGGACUGGACACAGCUGCUCCUCUCUCUGUCCCUGGAGGCCCUGAGUGGUUUCCGUUGGCAACCCGAACUCACGGCGUCCAGCGCCGACGACGAUGACGUGGGCGGCGACGGAGGAGGAGGAGGAGGAGGUCACAAGGCGCCGCUGUUCCGCCACGCCAUCCAGACGGUGCGCGACGUGGUGCCGGACGCAGCCCGCGGCGGGCCGGAGUUCUUCAAGGUCGUGACCUCGGGCGGGGUGACCUUGACGCUGCGGGCCGAGAGCGGCGAGGAGGCGCGCACGUGGAGAGGUCUCAUCCGCGAAGCGCUGGACUCCUACCUGGAGACCGAGGAGGAAGAGGAAGUGGCGUCAGCGGCGGGGGCGGGGGGAAGCGUGCAGCGAUUGGUCCAGCACCGGCUGAAGGGUGAGGCAGCAGGGCUGCUACCACACCUGGGCACCGUGCCGAUCGAGAGAGGGCUGGACGCCCAGAGCUUCCGAUGCGCAGGCUGUAGUAAGAAGAUCGGUGUGUCCAUGGGCAAAGCCAAACUCUGUGAGUUCUCCGCUCAGUACUACUGUGAGUCCUGUCACCGUGGCGACGCUAUUGUCAUCCCCUCCCGCUUGGUACACAACUGGGACCUGACGCCACGAGAGGUCUCCAAACAGGUCUUGAAGCUGCUUGCCCAGAUUGAGCACGAGCCCUUGCUCAACCUUGACCUCCUGAACCCUGACCUUUACGAGCACUCUGAAACCAUGGCGAGAGUGCGGUCACUGCGGCAGAAGCUCCGUCUCCUGGGUGACUACGUGCUCCUGUGCCGCAGCGGAAUCAAGAAGAAGCUCCAGGCCAAGCUCAAGCAGAGGACUUACGUCCUGGAGUCUGACCAGCUCUACAGUGUCAUGGACUUGCAUCAAAUAGCGGAGGGUCAGUACCAGCCCGUCCUGCUCUCGCUGAUCCACCUGUCGGCCGGCCACGUGCACGGCUGUGACCUGUGCACCCAGCGAGGGUUCAUCUGUCAGAUCUGCAACGCCGAUGACAUCAUCUUCCCCUUUCAGUUUGAGACCACUAGCAGAUGUAAGGGCUGUAAGGCAGUGUUCCACUCGUCCUGUAGAGAGGACAGCCCCACGUGUCCUCGCUGCGUCCGGCUGCAGAGGUACCUGGAGCGAGACCUGCAGGACUGAGCACUGCCGCUCUGUGGGUCCCUCCAGGCUUGCCGUACCCCGUGGGCUCGCUCCCUCCCUCCUCUCCUGUCUAGGAGAACAGAAUGGACCAGCACUGAUAUUCUCCUGAUGCUCACAGGCACUGUGUGUCCCAGCGGGCUUUCUGUAGUCGCUGUCUGAGCCAAGGACCAGGAAAAGGAGUCAAGGACGGGGUGCUGUUUGUCCCUUUCUGCCCCCCUUAGCCGCCUUCCUCCUGACAAAUCACUUCUCGGUUGUCAGAGGGGGAGCUGGACUGGAGGACGAAUGUCACUUCUUAACAGAGGGCCUCUGGAGUGGUCAUCUCAGUCACAAGUGCUCUUAUUAAAACACACAUACACACACACACACACACACACACAUAUACACACACACACACACACACACAUACACACAUACAUACAGCACGAGCAGGAGGUGCACACUCUGCUUGUGCUGUUGAACUGGACGACACUUGGGACCAACACUAUCACCUUUGCACUUUUGCUGGGAGGCUCCUGUAGUUGCCCUCAGCGACGACACCAUGGCGACCGAUUAGCACCGACUGUUGUACAUGCCUGUUUUUCUGUGUGUGCGUGUGUGUGCGUGUGUGUGUGUGUGUCCGUCUGUCCCAGACAGCCCCUGUGGACUCGAGAGCCGGUCACUCUUCAGGUGCCAAGAGACCGCUUCUCACUGCUACACAACAUCAACACGCCUCAGUGGCUCCGUCAAGACCACAGUCUGUCCUGAGGGUCCGUCUCUCUCUCUCUCUCUCUCUCUCUCUCUUUGUCUCUCUGUCUCUCGCACGCGUGAGCGAGCGACCUUCUGCUGACCUCUGCCACCACGUGAAGGUCAACGGGGCCUUCUCUGCCAAGGACUGAAGGACUUCUUGAAGGACAAUUCACUGUCUAUCUAUCUCGCCCGACCUUCAGCUGACCUCUCCCAAAGGUCAACGAGGCCUUUCUUUGCCACGGACUGAAGGGUUCUUUAUUUUACAAAAAAAAAAAAAAGAUGAGGCAUCACUUAAGCUUGUUUGUUGAGUUGAAGCUCAUUUUUUUUUAACUUGGUGGUUUAGUUUCUUCUCUCGCGUUGAAGCAUAUAGCCUCUGCAUUAUUUUAUGCUGGUGUAGCCGGGCUCUAAUCAUGUUUACAAGACUAAAGAGCUGUUCACAUCAGGAAUGACAACUGUAAUUCUAACGAUGUUAGCGUCGUUAUCGUUAUAGUUUAUAUGUGGACUUUGUCAUUCAUUUUAGCUGGAGUGAUACUUAUAUGCCGUCAUCAUUCUUAUAACCGUUCUUGGUGUGAAUGGGCCUAAAGACUUAAGACCAAGACUAACACAGUCUAACACAGACACUUUUACGAGACCAGGAAAAUUGGCUUCUCACGGCCGAGCCAGACGAGGCCACCCUACACCGGGAUGAGAACCGUGGCACUGGACUCGUAACCAUGGUGAUGCAUUAACUCUUCUGUGCCUUUCUCAGUUGUGGAUCCGUCACAGAGAAUGUUCACUUGGACUUGACUGGAGUCUUUUUCACCAAUAUCUGUGUGAGGUGCCAAAUAUGUCCACCGUUGACGGAAAAGACUUUGUAUAUACAUGAUAGGACUUACGUAUUUAUUGCUGGCAUGGUCAAGAGUUUGACUGUUUUAGUUGUUUUUGUUUCUUUAUUUGUUUGGCAAAACAGGACACACACACACACACACACACACACACACACACACACACACACACACACAGGGCCUCUUGCCAGGACAUAAUGAUGACGAUGAUGAUUAUCCCUCAACAUGGAUAAUUAAAUCAUUGUUGCCCUGACCGUUCAUUUCAGAGGGCACUGUUUAAUACCAAAGUCCAUCUAAAUCCUGCAUCCUUUCGUGGCUGAAUCUUUGUAAAGAGGUCAGCAACAGACUGAUGGCCAGAGGCAAGAACAUGUUUGUUUCUUUUUUGUUUAUCUUUAACUCCAGUUUUCAGUGCCAUGUUUUAGCACUUUAAUGAGAGGUUUUCAGUGGUGUUUUAACGGAGAAUUGAACACACGAACACAUGCACAUACACUCACACCCUCUCUCUCUCACACACACACACACACACACACACUUACACACACCAUUACACACACCAUCAGGUCUCUGAGAAGUGAGCUCGCAUCAGGAAACCUGUUGAGGUCUUCGUGACCUUUCACAUAUUCUCUGAAUGUGGCAGACUGUUUUCAAAUGCCUGUAGACACUUUUUACAAAUCUGGAAUUGCAAUGCUUGUUGUGCUGUCUCACAGUUAUGUGUAUGUAUGUCUGAAUCUGUAUGUAUGUAUGUAUGUAUGUAUGUAUGUAUGUAUGUAUGUAUGUAUGUAGCUAUGUAGCUGUAUGCAUGUACAAGUCUGUAAAUGUAUGAGUGAAUCUAUGUGUGUUCAAUAAGGUUUUUGCUGAUAGCCCAGCCCCUGAAUGAGUUUUUGUCUGAUGUUGCACCACUUAAUCAGGCCCAGUAGAUGGCCCUAAAGGCUACUUUUCUCUAAUAACUCGCCUGGAUCUAGUGAGACAACAAAUUGGCACGCAGUACUCUUCAGCUUUACAGUUUAAACAUUAUUUCUUAUUUUUUAUUGUUAUUAAUGAGUGUGAACUUUAGUUCAGUUACUGACUUUUGUUUCCAGCACAGAGAAACAAUAGCUGUCAGCUGUCAGUUGAUCGUAGCAUUAUGUAUCAUUAUAAAUAAGUUAAUUUAUAUAAAUGAAGCUCACAGAUGCAUUCUGAGAGUUCCCUGACUAAACCAGAGGUCAGAGGUCAGAGGUCAUUACUAUUCAGGCUGAAGUUAUAGCUGCCACAUCUCUCUGUGGGACCAAACUUAACCCCGGGGCAACUCGGUCCCUCUCUCACCAUCACUCGGCCACAGGGAAUCAGGGCAGCAGCUGCCGGAUUCUGCCCACAUCCAGGCCACAUCUGAGCCAGAUGUGGUUGCCGCCAUCUUCUUGUUGGGGGGGGGGGGGGGGCAGACGUUAGUGCGCCCUCAUCACCAGGCUACCCGUGUUUGAUUGGGGACUUUUCGGGAUGGUGCCCUUGGGGUCGUUCAUGACAUGACGCAGACAUACAGUGCUUAACGAGAUGCAGACUAUGGAGGUUAUCAUACUGAUGAUGAUGUUAUGAUGACGGAUGAUGAUUAAAUUGUGUAUAAACUA